UUUCAUCAACGACGACAACGUCAAUAACAACAUCGUUAACAUCCCGAGUGAAAAUCAGGAAAAUUUAAUUAUAAAAGCGGAUAAUCAUUUAACCAUCAAUGAUUCGAUUAACAAAAAACGAAUUCAUUCAAAAGAAUUUGACAAUCAAAAUCAACGAAAAUCACAACAAUGGUUCAACAACAACAACAAACAUGAUUAUGAUGGUCAUCAUGGUAGUUCGAGCAAAAAUAAUCAUUAUAUUUGUCUAUCACAUCUUUGGACAUUGGUACAGAAAAAUUUUCGUCAAGUUUAUCGUAAUUGGUCAUUGUUGUUAUUUUUUAUAUUAUUACCUGCAAUUGAAAUGGCAUUGAUUAUGUUGUGUAUUGGUCGAGAUAUUAAUCAUAUACCGAUUGCUGUUUUUAAUGGUGAAUGUCCAACACCGGAUUUAAGUCAAGUUUUUCUCGAUAGUUUUGAACCUAAUGCAUUUAUAUUGCAUUAUUAUGAUAGCCCAAAACAAGCAUAUGAUGCAGUUAAAAGUAAUCAAGCUGCUGCCGUUUUACAAUUCAAUAAACGCUUCAGUGAAGCUUUACGAUCAAGAUUUUUUUCAUUUGGUUACAUUGAUGAUGAUGAUAAUAAUCACGUUAACAACGAUGAAGAACAUUCAACAAAAUCACAACAACAACAAUUUUCUAUUUGGGAUGAUAGUUCAGUUUAUGUUCAAUUGGAUAUGUCAAAUCAAUUGAUCGGUCUUCAGAUUCAACGACAAUUAUUGACAGCAUUUUUAAAUUUUGCUCAACGCUUGGCCGUAUCGAUGGGCUUAAGUAAUCAUACAUUUAAACCACCAAUAGCAUUUGGACCACCAGUUUAUGGUAUCCAACAGACUUCGGUUGCCGUUGUUGAAACAUUUAUAGCACCUGGGGCAUUGAUUAUGAUUGCAUUUUUUGCAACAACAAUUGUAAGCUGUCAUCUACUUAUACAUGAAAUUCGUCAACAAUUAAUCGAACGGGCGUUGAUAGCUGGCGCAACAACUGCUGAAUUUUUAUUCAGUCAUAUACUUAUACAAUCAACCAUAUUGAUGGUUCAAUUAUUAUUAGUAUUCAUAACGGCAUUCUAUUUGUUUCGUAUGCCAUAUUUAGGUUCAUUACCAUUAUCAAUAAGUUUGAUUUGUUUACAAGGCCUAUGUGGAUUAAUGUAUGGUUUAAUGUUAUCGGCAACAUGUCCGGAUGAAAUCUAUGCAACAACAUUAUCGAUUGGUACAUUUUUUCCAAGCGUUAUAAUUGGCGGUAUAUUUUGGCCAGUACAAAGUAUGCCUAUCAUAUUACAAUAUGUAAGUCAAUGUUUACCAUCAACACAAUCGAUCGAUGCAUUAAGAUUUAUAUUGUUACGUGAUUGGGAUCUACGACAUACAAGUGUAGCAUCGGCAUUCAUUGUUUCAACUAUUUGGUUAUUAAUAUUUUUAUUCUGUGCAUUAACACAUUUCAAACGACGUGUUUAAGUGAACAAAAAGGGUUAAUUUUAUUUAUAAAAUAUAGUGUGUGAACGAAUUUCAAUCAAAAUUUCCAAUCAAUAAUCCCCCGAUUUGAAUUACAACUAAUAAUAUUAUCUGCCAUAUCUGAAUAU